AUUGAUAACUGAUAAUUUAAUUUAGCAAAAUAUUUUUGUGCAAUUAUUAAUUACUUUUGAUUCGGUUGUCUUAAUUAAACAUAAAAAUCGAAUACCUAUUUCCAAUGAAAGCCUACUCGUGUCUGUUUGUAUAUGGCAUCGUUCUUUGCGUGAUUUCAAUCACAAAUUGUACGCAAGAAACAAUUGAGCCUGUCCAGUGGCCAGAAGUAAGGGGUUACGUCGAAGCAGGAUGUGAAUCCGUUUUUAGUUUCUCUCAUCCAGAGCCGUUUGAUAUAACUUUGAUUUCAAAGAUCGGUGACGCUGAUCUAUACGUUUCAGACACUCGUCAAUUACCACCACCUUACGAACCAGACGCCUACAUUUUUCAUUCAGCGACUUGCGGUGUCGAUAAAGUACAUAUUCACAAAGGUUUAAAAAGACCGAUAUACGUUACGGUGUAUGGUCAUUGGUCAUCCGUACUUCAAAUUUUCCGUUUACGAAUUGAACAUCACCUCCAGAGCAAGUACGGAGGAAGAUAAUACAGGGUGUUCCAGAAUAACCUUUCACAUUUUGGUGAGCACUGAUCUGCGUUCAAAUGGUGUUAGGGGAAUGGUAAAAGCGGUUCCAGGUAGCCAACACAUGCCGAAUUAUGUUUCAGUAUUAAUUUUUUACCAUGGAGAAGUGGACGGCUGUGCAGCGCGCUUUUAUUGUAAAGGCCUUUUUCAAAAAUAAUGACUCUUACAUUAGUGCAAUUCGUGCCUUCCGCAAACAUUUUAAACUUACCGGUAAAAGUGAAGUGCCAUCGAGGCCAACAGUGAAAUUAUGGGUAAAAAACUUCGAGAAAACCGCUCAUGCUUGUAAAAAUAAGCCUACAGGUCGGAAAAGAUCAGUAAGAACGCCAGAAACAACGGACCGAGUAAGGCAUUCAGUACAGACUACCCCUACCACUUCAAUACGUAAACGAGCGUUAAAUUUAAAAAUCAAACCAACUUCUCUGCAACGAAUUUUAUCUGAAGACCUCAGUUUCCAUCCAUAUAAGAUUUUAAUCAUUCAAAAGUUACAAAAAACUGAUUUUGUGAGAAGAAAAUCAUUUGCCGAGGAUAUGCUUACAAGAAUUGAUACUGGUGAGAUUCCAUUGAACUCGUUACUCUUUACUGAUGAAGCUCAUUUUUAUCUAAACGGUGAUGUGAAUAAACAAAAUAUGCGCUACUGGUCGACAGAGAAUCCGAUGAUAAUACACGAGAAACCUCUACACUCCGCUAAGUUGACUGUUUGGAUGGGCGUGGCUAAAUUCGGUAUAGUGGGACCGUAUGUGUUUGAUGAAACGGUGAACGGUGAGAGGUAUCGCAAAGAGAUGGUCUAUACUCACCACGUUCAUGGAACAUAACAAUGAAGUAUCAGUGCAGAUUCGUUCUUUUUUGCUAGUUGCGAGCGCGUACGCGUACAUGUAUACGCGCGCGUGGGGGGGUAGUUUUCGUCGCUGUUUGCCAGCUUGUAUACCGAACGAAAACGCUAUUCGAUAAGCAGUGUCGAUGGCUGAGUGGUGAAAGAUAUGGAUUACAGUGCGGAAGGUCUAGAGAUCGAUCCCCGCCAGAUCCUGAAAAUUUUUUUAAAUUUUUUUUCGAUUCAAAUUUUUUUCAAAUUGAUUAUUGAACGAUCAUGUGAAUUUAUUUUAUUUUUUCCUUCUUUUUCGUCACGAAUACUGUUUUUUUGGAUAGUGCGCGCAUUAGGCGAGGCGAAGCCGAGCCGUUUAAAAUUUAUAUUUCACUCGAUGAGCAUUACUCCCCUUGGUGAGUUCAGACGGAGGCUGGACAUUUACCGUGUAUGUAGCACUUGCGGUUGUUUAUAAAAAAACUGUACUCACCGACAGUGCUGUGAGAACGCGGAAGUGCUCGUUCCCGUUCCCGUUCUUUGUUCUCACAAUAAAGAACGCCGUUCUUUGUUCCUUAUCACUCCCAAAAAUCUAACACCUCGUUCCUGUUAUCCUGUUCCUAGUUCUUAUGCUUCAUAAGCAGAAGCGUUCCCGUUCCCGUUCCCGUUCUCGUUCUCAAUCAAAUUUCCAAAAUUUACGUUCCUGUGUUCCCGUUCCCGUUCCCAAUAGGGUUCUGUGGUACAAGCGAAGCCAUUUUUGAUGGAAAUUUUUUCAUUUUCUUCUAUUGUACCCAAAAACUACUAAAAGUUUGUGGAAAAAGCAUAUUUUUUCCUAUUUUUCAGAGUUUUGGGAGGUAAUUUGAGAACCCUGAAAGAACAUCUAAGAAUGGCAAAUUAGCACUCCGUUCCCGUUCCCGUUCUCGUUCUCACAAAUUUAAUGUUCUCAUUCUCAGUAAGAACGUUCUUCAAGAGGAUUUGUGUGAUUAUCCGUUCGUUCUUUGAAGGAAAUUUGAAAAGUUGCGUUCUUUAUGCGUUCCCGUUCCCGUUUUCGUUCGUUCUCACAGCACCAGGGAUGGAAGAGCCGGGAGCGAGCCGGAGCCAGAGUCUGAAAGAGCCGGAUUUUUUGAGGAGCUAGAGCCAGAGCCAAGAGCCAAAUAAAUGAAAGUGCAGAAAAACAUCAAGAGCUCUCUUGCAAAAGAGCUCCUUAUUUUACUCAAGAGAGCCAUCAUCAUAAGGAGUCUUUAACCUGGAAAGAGCCAGAGCCGAGUGGGAGCCCACAAAAUUUUUCAGGCUCUUUGGCUCCCUAAAAUUAGAGAAAAAAGUAAAAAAAUGCGCACAAUUUUAUUAAAAAUUUCUACUUUCAACUCACAUUUGUGAAGAAAAUGAAGAAUUUCUAAGUUUGUUUCCUCAUUGAGAAAUGAAAUGAAAAUAACUGCAGUGUAUUUUCAUUUUUUUCAUCGUUUUUCACGAAUUUUGAACUCUAAUUUAAAGAGCCAAGAGCCAGAGCUGGAGCUGGAGUGGGAGCCGAGAAAUUGGAAGAGGGAGCCAAGAGUCAAAGAGCGGAGUCGGAAAGAAUUGAGGAGCGAGCAAGGAGCCAAAGAGCUCAUGUAAAGAAAAAGAUCCAAGAGCCAAGAGCGAGCCAGAGCUGAAACUUGCGGGGAGCUGAGCCAGAGCCAAGAGCAGGAGCCCUGAAUUCAAGGCUCUUCCAUCCCUGCACAGCACUGCUCACCGAGGCCGAAGACCGAGGGAAGUUAACAGACAUAGUAUGAACAACAAAGCGACCCGCGCAACCGAGGCGAAGCCGAGGUGAGCGGACACAACGCCCCCCAACACUGAAAACAGCUAUUUUACCAAAAUACAAAAAUUGCAAUGAAAAAAAUUUUAAAUCGAAAUAAAAUACGCGAAAGGAUGCUCGUAAAGCAGUGCCGUAUGAGUGUUGAGUGAUGGAUCAGAUGAGAUCGGAAAUCGAACAUAUGAUUCAGUCAGUCGUUCACUUGUGUUCCAUGAACGUGGUGAGUAUAGACCAUCUCUAUCGCAAAAUGUUAAACGAGUUUCUCAUUCCUGAAUUGAAACGCAGACACAAGUAUAGAGUUACUUGGUUCCAACAGGAUGGCGCUACCUGUCAUUCCGCAACGGACACGAUUUCUUUAUUGCGUGAGCAUUUUGGUCAUCGAAUAAUUUCGCUGAACACAGAAAUUUCAUGGCCACCUCGAUCCCCUGAUUUUUCAGUAUGUGAUUUUUUUUUAUGGGGUUACCUCAAGUCAAAAGUAUAUCAAGAUGAUCCUAGGACUCUGAAACAGCUCCUAGAUAAUAUUAUUCGUGAAUCAAGACUGAUUAGAAGAGAAAUGCUCAACAAAGUGUUCAAUAAUUUUAAAAAACGUUUGGUCGAUUGUGUCAAAAAUGAUGGAAAACAUCUUGGUGGAAUAAUUUUUAAAACUUAAUUUAUAAUGAAAACUCAAAUAUAUGGUCUAAAAACGGCACAUUUCUACUUCAUUUUGGUUAUAAAAAAAUUUCCGUAACCAUUUUUCUCUCAGAGCUACUAAUAAAACAAAAGUGAAAGGUUAUUCUGGAACACCCUGUAUAAACUUUGAGUUAUGGGACGUGAACCGGACGUGAUUGAAGAUUCUCCUCUAUCUUCAUUCUACGAAAGCUUCGGGCUUCGGCAUUUAUUUACAGUAAUACUUGGAUUUGGAAUUUGGAUUCCACUGUAUGGUUGGUGUUCUGUUUUACUCCAAUUUGUCGAGAAAAAUUUGAUACAUUGGUACCUACGUUGAGUGUACAUCUUUGGCGAAAAAAAAAGAACUCAAAUGGAUGCUCCAGCAAUUGGAAUAGAUUUGGGUACUACGUACUCUUGCGUUGGUGUUUUCCAGCAUGGAAAGGUUGAAAUUAUCGCCAACGAUCAAGGUAGCAGAACCAUGCCAAGUUACGUGAGCUUUAUUGGCGAUGAAGUAUUGAUUGGCGAUGCAGCGAAAAGUCAAUCUACGAGAAACCUAAAUAAUACGAUUUUCGAUGCCAAGAGAUUGAUCGGUCGUGAAUUCGAUGAUGUUUCGGUACAAAAUGAUAUGAAACACUGGCCUUUCCAAGUCAUCAAUGAUAACAAGAGACCAAAAAUUAAAGUUGAAAUCAAAGGUGCUUCUAAAACGUAUUUUCCAGAAGAAAUAUCUUCGAUGGUAUUACAAAAAAUGAAGGACACUGCCGAAGCAUAUUUGGGUAAAACGGUAAAAAAUGCUGUGAUCACUGUACCUGCCUAUUUUAACGAUUCGCAAAGAGCAGCUACAAUAGAUGCCGCUAGAAUUGCAGGCUUGAACGUAUUGCGUAUCAUUAAUGAACCUACAGCUGCUGCCAUUGCUUAUGGUCUAGAAAAAAAAGACUCCACAGAGCGUAACGUAUUGAUUUUCGAUCUCGGUGGCGGAACAUUCGACGUUUCCAUUCUGACAAUUCAAAACGACGUCUUCGAAGUGAUCUCAACCGCCGGCGAUACUCAUUUGGGAGGUGAAGAUUUUGACAACAGGAUGGUCAAUUAUUUCGCCGACGAAUUCAAACGUAAAUACAAUAAAGAUCUCUUCAACAAUAAAAAAGCCUUACGACGUUUGCGAACCGCUUGCGAACGAGCUAAGAGAACUUUAUCGUCAGCGACUGUAGCAGAAAUCGAAAUCGAAGCACUUCAGGAUGAUAUUGAUUUCUGCAGUUCCAUCUCACGUGCUCGUUUCGAAGAAUUGAAUUCGGACUUCUUUCGAAACGCAAUGGUUCUGGUUGAAAAAGCCAUUCAAGAUGCUGAAAUGGAUAAAACUCGAAUCGAUCACGUCGUUUUGGUAGGCGGUUCAUCUCGAAUUCCGAAAAUACAAAAAAUGCUGCGAGAUUUUUUCGGCGGUAAAGAAUUGAACAAGACGAUUAACCCGGACGAAGCUGUAGCUUAUGGAGCUGCCAUACAAGCUGCCAUUUUGAAUGGCGACAAAUCGAAUAUUGUACAAGAUAUAGUGUUAUUCGACGUAACACCGUUGUCGUUAGGUGUUGCUGUUAACGAUGGCAUCAUGUCUGUGGUCAUCAAACAUAAUACUACCAUUCCAGCCAGAGCAACUGGUUUUUAUCAGACGAAGGGUGAUAAUCAAGCGAGGGCUCUUUUUGAAGUAUACGAAGGUGAAUUUGAAAAAUGCCAAGAUAAUUACUUCCUUGGUAGAUUCCUGCUUAACGGUUUGCCUCCUGGCCCAGCUGGAGAAGCUAAAAUGGACGCAACGUUCGAAAUCGAUGCUAACGGUAUCUUGACUGUAUCUGCGGUGGAACUAUCAACCGGUAUCAGGAACCAAAUUACCAUCGCGUACAAUAAAGGUCGUUUAAGUAAGGAUGAAGUCGACCGUAUGAUCGCCGAAGCCCAACAAUAUCGAAUUAUCGACAAAAAACGAAAAGAUGUAUUAGCCGCCAAAGACUCAUUAGAGUCGUACUGCAUCGACGUGAUGAACAUCUUGGAUAAUAAAAAAUUGAACGAUGAAAUCGACAAAGUGGAUAAAGAUAUGAUUUUGAAAAAAUGCGAAGAAACCAUCGCCUGGUUAAAUUCUAUCCAAUCGAUUGAAAAAGAAGCCAAACAGUUGCUCGAAGAGAAGCUAGAAGAAUUGCAAAUUGUAUUCGAUGCUAUCAUUUGGAUCGCUCGUUAUCCUAAUAAGAAGAUCGAUAAAUACUGCGAAAUAUUGAACGUAUCAAAAAAUUCCUCGAUUGAUGAAAUUCGACAAGCCUACAGGGAAUUAGGUUCAAUAUAUCACCCGGACAGAUACGAAGGAGACAAAGAUAUCGCGCAGAUGUAUUGGAUAACCAUUUGUAAAGCAAAACAAGCCCUCGUCAAUAAUUAUUCAGCGAAAAGAAUGAAAUUUCAUUGACUCUGAUGCUUCGUGAUUACUUAUGCUAGUAAACCAGUGUGCGACAAAUUUAAUUGGAUACAUCAUAUUUCACCUAUUUUUCGAUUUAAAGAUCGUAGAUCCCAAUAAGUAUUUUGGCAAAUUCAAAUAUGUAUCUGGAGAGUACUGAAAUGAAAUGCGGUUCAGCUUCCUCAUGGAUAACUAUUUUUUGUAGCAGAUUUCGUUGGCUCAUGAUCUCAUUACAGGACAUAUUUUAAUUUCAUCGCUGACGGGUCGAAGCCUAUAAGGGAGUGGAGAGUAUCUGCUAUAGAUUAGUAAUUCUAAGUAUUGUGAGUAUUUUAUAGUUUUUUGUGUGUGUGUUGUACUUUUUUAUACACUUUAUACAGAUUUUUUUGUCGGAUUGUGUGAUUUUGAAGAUUAUUCCGGUACUGACAAUUGCAUUUAAAGUAAUAAUAGAUCUCUGACGUAGAAUUUGAGGGUUAGUUUUGGAAAUUCAGACACAUUCGCCUUCUAUGUGAAAAAAUAUAUUUUUAAAUGGUAUUUAAAAUUAUCUACCUAAUUAUUUAGUAGGUUACUAGGUUUACAUUUACACUUAUUUAAUAUUACUCAGUACAUUAGUAUACCU